AUAUUUUAUAAAUUACACAAAUAAUUAAAUCUUCUAACCAAUUUUCAUGUUCUACACUGUUGCUUAGUUCAAAGCAACAGAUGUCGCCGUGCAGAAUUUAGCUGAAUAGCUUACGUGACUCCCUCGCAUUUGACAUUUGGCUAUGCAAAAUUUUGACAGCACUAUAGCAUAAAAAAAUUUUUAAGCGGACUUUUUUUUGUUUUCACAAAUUAUACAUAGGAAUAAAGUUAAGGAUACGCCAUGAAUUCGGCAACGAAAGUUGGCGAAAUAUUUACGGCUGCUGGACAAGCGUUUAGUCGAUUGGGUGAUUUAACAAUGCAAUUACAUCCGAAUUCGGAAUCGCCAUCGGGCAAAUGGACCGAUGAGGAGAUAAACAUGUUACAUUCAUCCAUAAUUCGUUUCUCAGAUGAUCUGAAUAAAAUAAGUUUAAGCAUUAAAAACCGAACAGUUUCUCAAAUACGCCAGGCGCUUAAAAAGAAGGCAUUCGAAGAUGCAGGCAUACCGGCGAAGCAGGUGCCUGUACAACAAGUGCAACAUGUCAUACAAACAGUGCAACAAGUGCCCACACAACAGACACAUGUUGUUAAGCAACAAACAAUACAAUUAAAUACAUUACAACAGCAGCAGCACCAAAAUGUAAAUGUUAUAACACAACAACAACAACAACAACAGCAGCAGACUUCACCACAACAGCAACAGCCGCAUCAACAUCAUCAUCAAGCACAAGUACACCAGACGCAGUCAAACACACCGCAAACAGUUCACAUACAGCACGUGCAACGUAUACUGCCGGUGCAAGCAACACAGGUGUCUCACCAGCAACAGCAUACGCAACCAACACUCUCUGUACCGCAAUCGUUGCAAACAUCACCAAAACAAAUUAUCAUACAACAAACCAGCGCCGCUACACAAAUCAUACAACAACCACAAACGACCACAGUGACGUUGCAGCAGUUUCAACAAAUGCAACAAAAGGCAUUGUUAGCCGCUUCGGCGGCGUCUACAAUGGCGACAGUGACCGAGAAUGUGGUAUUACAGCCGGCCACACAACCUUCAGUAAUGACGCAGGUAGUGCAGUCCGUUAAACAACAGCCGUUGCAACAGUCACAGCAACAGCAACAAACAGCGACACAGCAAGCGUUAGUUGUGGCCAGCAGUGCUGGUGCUGUGACCGCUGUUACGCCGACGACAGUUAUGGUGCCAGCUACGGGCGUAGUGCAGGCAGUAGGAAGUGGCGUGGCAGUAACGACAACAUCGCCACAAACAACCACUUCUAUAGCUUUGAAAUCGGGUCCAGAUGUAAUGAUGACGUUGAAUCGCAUCAAUACCCAGGAGCAUGAAGAGGAAUGUCUGCCAGCUGAUGUGGUCAAAUUGGAUUUUGCAAGCGAAGAGGUAACCGGAUGAAGUCUGGAGAAUGCGGCGAUCAGUGAGGCUGGUGUGGUUGGUGGUAGCGGCAACGGCGAUAGUGUAGAAUGUGUGGCGGUCGAAGAUGAUGAUUAUUACUUUUUCAAUUCAAAGAGUUAAAUAAUUUGCCUAUAUAUUAGUUAUAUUAAAAGAAAUAGUGUUUUGAGAACUAAUACUUUGACACACAUAAGUUGAAUUUAUUGUAGAUCGUUAAUUAAGCUUACAAAAAAAUAAUCAUUAUUUUUCAGUUUUGGCAGAUUAAAAUGGGCAUUGCUACACAGCUGGUCCUGCUUAAAAUAAUUUACUAGUAAAUUGAAAUAGCUUACGUUUAAGUUUAUUAUUCACAUUAGAAAUUCAAAUUAAUUGAAAUUGCUGUAUAAAGCCAAUUUUAUACAUAUGUAAUUAAAAUUCUUAAAAAAUACUUAUUGUGUUAAAUUUGUAUUGUGUUAGAGCAAUAUUGAACUCAUUUCUUGCAUAUAUAUAUACAUAUGUUAUUACAGCUUUUUCUUAAUAUUCUCUCCCCUGACAUAAGAUAUAAUCGCUUUCGAGUAUUGUUUUGUUUCUUUUCAAAUAUCUUUCAUUGGCAACUACAAAUGAGCGUAUUAUAUGUACAAAGUGAACAAAGCAAAUAGUCUUAAAAAAAAAAUUAAAAAACUUGUAAUGCGAACUUCUAUAUGUAUGUAAAAAGUUUAAAAGGAGUAAACUAAAAUUAAAAAGGCAUUGUUGAAGGUAGUACAUUUUAAGCUAUUUUACUUAAAGUUAAAAGCAUUAAUUUUGUAUAAAAUGAAUAUGAGAAAUCAUUAAACUGAUUAUGUUUAAAUGAAUCAAAA